AUGUCAAUAGUGUCUCAAGAAUACACUCCCCUCACGAUCAUCAAGGGCGCGGGCCAUGAGCAUAUCCCGAUCCCGCAGGGCGAGAGCGCGAUUGUCGCAGACUUCCACUCCGUCCGCACCAAGACCACCGACAGCCCAGCCUAUCUCACCUCCGGCUUCUACAAGAUCCAACCAGGCCCCGCCCGCAACAUCCCCACCUACACCUACGAAGAGACCAAAUACGUUCUCUCUGGCCAGAUCGACGUCCUGGAUGAAGCGACUGGCGUAACGCACCAUCUCGUGACUGGCGACUGGGCAUUCUUCCACGUCGGCUCCAAGGCGACUUUCAGCAGCAAGAGCGGCGGUGUUGCGUUCUUUGCGGUGACUAGGGCGAUUAUCACCGAGCAUCCUGGACUGAAAAAUAGGGAGGAGGCCGUGAAGAGCAAGCUGUAG